CAUACAAGUACUUGUUCAGUAAACAUACUGCUAUGGGUACCCAAUACAGUACCUACAUUAGUAUAAUUACUAAGAAUUUUCGAAGUACCCAUAUCGGGUACCUUGCUGAGGCUUUCUCAGUACAUGGGUACCUUGAACUCAGUACUUUCUCUAGGGAUAUGUGAAUUGUUUAGGAUUUAAUAAAAUCUGAAUUAAUUCUCUCAUCAACCGAUAAAACAGUAUUAAUGGAAUUUAUACAACUAUUAGAAUUAUUUGAAGAAGCAACAAUGGAUGCACAAGGUGAAAAUCAUACUACUAUUAGUUGUGUAGCGCCUUGUAUCCUUUCAAUUGUUCACUCAUCGAAUAGCAAAAGGUGUGAUCACUUGAAAAAUAUGAGAGCAAGCCUAUUAUCAUCUAUGAAAGUAAGAUUCAGUGAUCUACUCAGACAAUUUGCUGUUGAUGUACCAAAUGAUCGAUAUGUGAUGGCUGAACGUUUUGCUGAUCUAAUAUUUCUUCUAACACCAACCCUAGAUGCACGAAUCAAAUUCCACUGGCUGAAUGAUAUCGGUUUAUCGGAUGAUAUAAAAAGGGAUACAGUAGAAAAAAUUAAAAAAUUAAUUUCUUUAGUUGACAGUCAAGAUACUCGGCGAGAUAUAGGAAAAGAAACAUUAACUGACACAAGUAGGGAACAACAAACAAGUGAUGCAGCGGAUUCUCCGGUCUGUGGGAAACGAAAACUCUGA